CUCCUCCGAAGCCGCAGCUAACCACUGGACCAACAAGGCGGUUAAAUCAUUAUAACCGGAUAUUAUAAUGAAGUAUAAUAAUAUAAUAACCUAGCUAACAGAAAAUAAAUAUUCAUAUUGUUUUGUUUUUUUGAAAAGUAAAUUAAUAAUGUGAAUUUUACAUGCCAGUGGAUUAUAAAAUAUGCUUAACGUUAUUCUAUUUAUAAUUAAAUGUAAAAACGUCAAUAAAAUAAUUAAAGUUUUAGCGAAGUUGCAAGCGAAAAUGUAUAUUGAACUAACUAACUCGAAUCGGAAUUCAGUUUAACUUGAACGUCAGAAUCAUAUGGUUUUGUUUAUAAAAUGGAAUUCGUGCAAAAAGGCAAAAUGUUGGAGUUGAGACCUGAUACAAUAGAGAAAGUUCGGAAACUGAACAACCUAGACAAACCGGGGAGUUUAGAAGAUGCAAUAAACAUAUUAAAUGAAUGGGUCCAAAAGCAGCCACAUUUUAAUAAAAAGGAUUUUAGUAGUCGCUAUUUGGAGGUUUCGAUUAUUGUGACCAAGGGAUCGGUAGAACGCGCAAAAGAACAGCUGGACAGUUUAUGUACGAUGAGAACAGUGCUGCCACAGUUUUUUGGAACUUACAACGUUAAAACUGAUUUUGAAUCCUUGCAUAAAUUUGCAUAUUCAUUUCCGUUACCCAAAUCAACAGAAGAUCACUACAGGAUAAAUAUUACAAAAUUUUUCAACGUUGCAUGGGACCCUGAUAAAUCUAUUAAUUUUUACAGAUAUAACGUUAUUUUAGCGGAAUACGUUAAGGCGCAUGACUAUUUGAGUGGAUUCAUUACGAUCAUCGAUUGCACGGAGUCUAACUUGAUGAAUUUAUUGAAGAAUGCAAACCCUGUCCAAGUGAGACAAGCAGUAUCUAUCUUUAUAAAUGGGUAUGGCAUGAGAAUGAAAGGAAUUCACUUAAUAUCAAAAUCAGGAUUCGUCGACGGUUUGGUAAUGUUAAUAAAACAAGUUGUGAGCGCAAAAAUAGCUGACCGGAUCAAUGUACAUAAAACUUUUGAAGACCUCCAUAAAUUCAUCCCAAAAGCCAUACUUCCCGAGGACUAUGGUGGUGAGGAACGUUCUAUGAAAACUCUACAUGAGGAAUGGCUCGACGUUCUUUCAUCGGAGGAACAUUUAAGAUACUUGGAAGAUAUAAACUCAGCUACAACCAACGAGUCCUGUCGACAGAAAGAUCAGUUUUGCGAACAAUAUGCAGGAAUGCCGGGCACAUUCAGAUAUUUGAGUGUAGACUAAGAAAGGAACGAACAUUGACGCUCAAGAUCUUAUGAGCCGUCAGUAAUACGACUGGAUAAAAUGUAGUGCAUAUAUGUCAUACAUUCAGAGUCAUCUAUUAGACAUACUAGUUUUCUUCUAGUUCUCUCUUUUAGUUAGUCUUCUCUUCUAGUUCUCUUCUUUCUGUUUUCUUUAACUCUUUUAUAGUCUGAUCUCAAUGUAUGUUACUUGUAUUUAACAUACAGGGCACUGGUUGUGUAAUUUGUUAAAUAAAUUAUCAUCAUCACCAUCUUCAUAUCAGCCGAUGAACGUCCACUGUAGGAUAUAGGUAUUUGUAGGGAAUCCAAAACAGCACGAUUUGUUAAAUAUAAAUAAAUAUUAUUUAAU